CACCAGAGGACUCACACAGAAGAGAAACCCUUUGAAUGUCCUGUUUGUGGGAUAGAGUUCCGUCAUAAAUCCAGCUUGGUGAAUCAUCAGACUAUUCACACAGGAGAGAAACCCUUUGAAUGUCCUGAUUGUGGGAAAUGUUUCAGUCGGAAUUCUAAGCUGGUGGCACACCAGAGGACUCACACAGGAGAGAAACCCUUUGAAUGUCCUGAUUGUGGGAAACGAUUCAGUCAGAAUUACAGGCUGGUGGCACACCAGAGGACUCACACAGGAGAGAAACCCUUUGAAUGUCCUGAUUGUGGGAAACGAUUCAGUCAGAAUUACAGGCUGGUGGAACACCAGAGGACUCACACAGGAGAAAAACCCUUUGAAUGUCCUGAUUGUGGGAAAUAUUUUAGUAUGAGUUCCAGCCUUCUGAAACACCAGAGGACUCAUACAGAGGAGAAACACUUUGAAUGCACUUAUUGUGGGAAACGUUUCAGUCAGAAUUGUGAUCUGAUGACCCACCAGAGGACUCACACAGGAGAGAAACCCUUUGAAUGUCCUGAUUGUGGGAAAUGUUUCAGUCGGAAUUCCCACCUGGUGAUACACCAGAGGACUCACACAGGAGAGAAACCCUAUGAAUGUCCUGAUUGUGAGAAAUGUUUCAGUCAAAAUUAUGAUCUAAUGAACCACCAGAGGACUCACACAGGAGAGAAACCCUUUGAAUGUCCUGAUUGUGGGAAAUGUUUCAAUCUGAGUUCCAACCUUCGGAGACACCAGAGGACUCACACAAGAGAUAAAUUUUUUGAAUGUCCUGAUUGUGGGAAACGUUUCUGUCAUAAUUCCAGCUUGGUGAACCACCAGAGGACUCACACAGGAGAGAAACCCUUUGAAUGUCCUGAUUGUGGGAAGCGUUUCAGUCAGAAUUCCAGCUUGCUGAAACACCAAAGGACCCACACAGGAGAGAAACCCUUUGAAUGUUCUGAUUGUGGCAAACGAUUCAGUUGGAAUUCUGCUUUGGUUCAACACCAAAGGACUAACACAGGAGAGAAACCCUUUGAAUGUCCUGAUUGUGGGAAAUGUUUCAGUCAUAAUUCCAGCUUGAAUUAUGACCUGAUGAACCACCAGAGGACUCACACAGGAGAGAAACCCUUUGAAUGUUCAGAUUGUGGGAAAUGUUUCACUCGGAAUUCUAGGCUGGUGGAACACCUGAGGACUCACACAGGAGAGAAACCCUUUGAAUGUCCUAUUUGUGGGAAAAGUUUCAGUCAUAAUUCAAGCCUGGUGUACCACCAGAGGACUCACACAGGAGAGAAACCCUUUGAAUGUCUUGAUUGUGGGAAAAGUUUCAGUCAUAAAUCCAACUUGGUGGACCACCAGAGGACUCACACAGGAGAGAAACCCUUUGAAUGUCCUGAUUGUGGGAAACGUUUCAGUCAUAAUUCCAGCUUGGUGAAACACCAGAGGACUCACACACUCAGGGGAGAAACCAUAUGAAUGUCUACAGUGUAAAAAAUGAAAAAAUGGUUUGAUAAAGAUUGCAUGCAACUAAAAAAGAUAUAUAAUAUGGAGUACAGGAAAAGUAAAAAUGCCACUUUUGAGGAUCACACUCAUUACUUAAACAGCUGAAAGGACAAUAUAAUAAUUAUAUUGGCUUUCUUCCCCAGAACACAAACCCGGCUACCAUGUAUGCAGUGGCAAAAUUCUGUGAUGCUGCAAUGUUCACAAGAAAAAAAAU